AGAAAUUUCCAUGUGGGGAGAAAAAUCCCGUUCAAAAAAGCCAACUCUUUAUGAUCGUUCAUUUUCAUUUCUGUGUAAAGUAACUUUACUAAAGUUAUUCAUUCAACUCAGAUAAGAAUAAUUUACUUGCCGUUCAGCCGUGGACGUUAUACAUUUAUUAAAGCGAUAUCAUAAUUUAUUAUAAGCGUUAACAAUGGAAAUGAACUUUCGCGAGUUGCAAGAGCUCAUGAACAAGUGGACAAUAGACUUGGGCGAGCAAGAAAAGCAGUUCAUCGAGCAGGCAACUAAGGUCAAUGCGUGGGAUAAAACUGUGAUGGCGAAUGGAGAAAAGAUCGCCGAGUUGGAUGCUACCCUGGCCAAAGUGAAGGUGGAGGACACCCGUCUCUGCAACACUUUGGAGUAUCUCAAGUCGCAGCAGAAGGAUUUUGAAUCGUUUCUUAAACCAAUUGAGGACUCUCUUCCAGUCAAUAUUGCUGCCGAGCCGGAGAGAGAACAAUUGUUUACGCUUGCGGAAAAUGUAGAUAUGGAGUUGCAACAGGUUGCGGAGGAUAUGAAGGAAAUUAUUCGACAUAUUAAUGAAGCAAAUAAGACGAUGGAUAAGAGUGAUCCGAUUUACCAAAUUUUGACCAUUUUGAACGAACAUACUGAUGCUCUCCAAUGGGUGGAGGAUAUUUCGAAUGAUGUACAAAAGGAGUUGGAGAAUGUGACGAGAAUGCAUCAACUUUUUAAAAAAGAUCAAGCACGUUCACUUAGCAAAAUGUUUCAAAAUUGAGGGUUCAUUAUGAUUGAUUGUUUACUUUUUGUGUGAUGCAAUUGAAUAAUUAUGCUACUUUUUUAUACUUUCUUUCUGUAAAUUAAUAAAAACGUGUUCUUAUUUUGUUUAUUUUCAUUACUA